GGAUAUAAGACUUUUUUUUAAGUAUUUACAUUAUGUAUUGAAUAAAAAAGCUGGUGAAUAGAAUUUUCAAAUAUCACUUAAUAAAGUGAGUUUGCUCUCAGCCUAUAGACAUUUAAAUUUGAACAAAAAAGGAAUUGAAUGAAAAGAAAUAGCGAUUAGAUCUGUACACUAGUCUGCAUUAUCAGCAGGACUGUUACAUCAUUGAAAAGAUAUCUAGUAAUACGAGCCAGAAUAAAAUACCAGUGGUUUUUAGUAUCAAUCUUAAGUUUUGCUAUCAAGGAUCGGAAAAUAAAUAUUGGCUGAGAAUUUAAUAGUGAUUCACUAGUGCAGGAUGAUAAACGUUUAACAGGUAGAAAUGUUGUAUAAAGUGUGAGUGAAGUUUUUUGGUAUUUAAACACUAUGUAAAUUCAGUGUGUGUAUGUCGUGAACGGAAUUUUAUAUUACCCAUCCUUCUGUGUUAUGUUUUGUUCGACAGUUGACAAUUAAGUUGGAAUUUAUUCAUAUUAAUUUAUUCCGAGAUGUAAUAUGGUGUGUAGUGCGACAAAAGACUCGUCUCUCAUGUGUCAUGAUAUAUCUUCUCAGAUAAGGCGAGAGACUGUAUCCUAUCUAGACCAAGAUGAAAUGAAAAGUGUCAGAUUCCGUCUUAGGGCUAAUUCCCAUGAUCCUUCUCUGUCAGAUGACAUGUGUGCUACUUCUAGUCUGUCUCAAAAUGAAAUGGGAAAGAUUGUUAGACCCAAAGAAAAUAAACCUUUGAGUGAACGAGACAUUGCACGGAUUAAACGUAACAAAAGAAUAUCCCGGAGAAAGGAUGUGUGUAAGUCUAUGCCGAUAUUCUUAGAGGAUGAUUCACCUGAGUCACUUGAAGACAGAAUAAAGGCCAUUGUUUUAGACACGUCUGCUAAACGGUCCAAAGAUGAUGAUGCACUUCUUCAGUCAACGUCCAACUUAGAUGACGUUAUUCAGGGUAGGAUUUCACGUGGGUCUAAUAUCACGGAUUCAGAAAAAAUAUAUCAUAAAUUAUGUCGCAGGACAAAAUCUUUUAUAGUCUCACCCAGUCAAGUGAUUGAGGUUAAAACCAGACCAAAUGAGAAGCUGGAAAGAAGUCGAAGUAGGAGUAGGUCUAGAAGUGUGGCAGACGACAAAGAAAAUUCUAAACGAUUUCAAACUUCUGGCGUCACUAAGGAUUUAACAGAAAAUUCUAAACGAUCUCAAACUUCUGGUGUACCAAAUGAUUUAACAGGAAAUUCUAAACGAUCUCAAACUUCUGGUGUACCAAAUGAUUUAACAGGAAAUUCUAAACGAUCUCAAACUUCUGGUGUACCAAAUGAUUUAACAGGAAAUUCUAAACGAUCUCAAACUUCGGGUGUCACUAAGGAUUUAACAAGACAUUUUACAGACAAACAGAGACAUGAUACCAAAGAUCAAAAAGUUUCUAAGGUUAUAAUACCAAAAUCUACUAGCAAACAAAGUCUAAAUACCAAAGAUUAUAAUGCUUCCAAGGAUGUUAUACCAGAAAGUGCCAAAUAUACAGACCAAAUUCCUCAAAAUAUUAAAUAUCGUAAAACUUCUAAGGAUUUAGUAACAGAAAAUACCAAACAUACAGACAAACAGCCGUACAAUAUCAAAUAUUGUAAAGCUUCAAACAAUGUAAAACCAGAAAGUGCCAUAUCAAUUGAAAGAAAGAAUCAAAAUACCAACAAUUUUUCUACUCAGUUAUCUCAAAUUGUAGAGUCAAAAUUUUCUUUGACAAAUCAUCGGCCAAUAAAAAAUACCAAAGGAAUUCAAACUUCUGAUCUCCCUGUAAAAACUAUUGUGAGGGGAAAGUUUAGAAUAAAUGAUGAAGAAAAUAGUGCAAAAGAGAGAAGAACUAAGGAAACUGUAAAAACUGUUUCAAGGAAAGGGAUAAAUAAAAAGUCCAAUGAAGAUCAGUCGGUAGAAUAUGGUGACAAAUUAGUUUUGCGGCAGUGUCAGAUUGGUUCUUCUACUGUUUUUGGAUUAGUACAAAUUAAAGCUGAUACGCACAACAGCAACGGUUACCCUGAAGGACAUGGUCUGGUUACCAUCAGGAUGAUCCCAGAUGAACAGGGCAGGUUCGGCUUCAAUGUCAAGGGAGGGGCAGAUCAGGGGAUGCCAAUCAUUGUAUCCAGGGUAGCACCAAACACACCUGCUGAUUUAGCCAUCCCUCGGUUAAACGAGGGAGACCAAGUUUUAUAUAUAAAUGGAAGAGAUGUUUCACAACAUACACAUGAACAGGUGGUCAUGUUUAUACGAGCCUCCAGAGAAACCCAUUCAGGAGAAUUAGUGCUAAUAGUUCGUCCAAAUGUGUAUGUUGGAGAGGAACAAGCUGACCAGGACCCUGAUCUAGUAUAUAUACCUGACUCUCAUCAAAUCACAGGCUCUUUAACAGGAGCCAAUGCUUUAGAAAACUCACUCAUGUUAUUACAAGAAAGUUUAGAAAGUGGAGCUGCACUAGCACAAUUUGAUCAAUUAUACAGAAAGAAACCUGGAAUGACAAUGAAUGCUGCCAGACUAGAUGCCAAUAUUGCCAAGAAUAGAUACAGAGAUAUAUCUCCAUAUGACCAAACUAGAGUAAUAUUAAAAGGACAGACCGAUUAUAUUAAUGCCAAUUAUGUAAAUAUGGAAAUCCCUGGUUCAGGAAUUGUGAACCGUUACAUCGCUGCUCAAGGACCUUUACCGGCUACAUGUACAGAUUUCUGGCAAAUGGUGUGGGAACAACAUACAUCAUUACUGGUCAUGCUAACCAUGAAGAAUGAGAGAGGAAGGGUGAAGUGUCAUCAGUACUGGCCUGACAUGUAUGAGACGCUAGAUUAUGGGGCAUUGCAAAUCACAUGUGUCAAGGAAGAUGAAUCAACGUCAUUUGCCUUUAGAGAAUUUAAUUUAACAAAUAUAGAGACCAGAGAAGAGAGACAUAUAUCACACAUGCAGUAUAUAGCUUGGCCAGAUCAUGGUGUUCCUGAUGAUCCAGGAGAUUUCUUAGAUUUUGUAAUUAAAGUACGGGAAAGACGACAGGGCAUGGUAGAACCAACAGUUGUCCAUUGUAGUGCUGGUAUAGGAAGAACAGGUGUUUUAAUUACCAUGGAAACAGCUAUGUGUUUAGUAGAAGCUAACCAGCCUGUUUAUCCAUUGUCUAUAGUACGCCAAAUGAGAGACCAACGUGCUAUGUUAAUACAAACUGCUAGUCAAUAUAAAUUUGUUUGUGAAGCAAUUUUAAAAGUUUAUCAUGAAGGAAUUGUAAAACCUGAAGAUUACCAACGGUGAUAUUAGCUGGGGGAAGGACGGACAGUGAUAUUAGCUGGGCAAUGACUAACAUACAUUAUAUGAUGUGAAAAAAGCAUUUUUAUGUGGACAAAAGUUUGUAAUGGAGGAAGUGUGAGGUCAAGGACAUGCCAUCUCAAUCAUGUAGAUGUUUGAUUUCAACAUUGAAUCUGUUAACAUGAUCUUCUGAAUGAUUUUGUGUCAGAAGAUGCUAAAAAAAGUGCAGUUAUUUUUGUUUUUAUAUUUGUGUAUUUAGAAACAUAUCUUAAAUUAUUAACAGACACAUUUCUAUUUGGUUGGAUGUUUGUUUUUUAAUGUCAGUAUGGAAAUAUUCAUGAAAAAGAGGAAGUUUUAACAUAAUAAUUGUUAAGCGUUAUUGUGCCUCUUGGUGUUUCUGCAAGAUGUGUCUUUAGUGUUAUCUCAGGACUAUUCAAACGUUUAAUGGACAAGGAUCAUACUCAGUACAUCUGUGUCAAGCAAUACGUUUGUUGUUAUGAAUCUCCAUGGUUACCAGUGUUGUAUUUGACACCUUACAAAGGUCACCUAUAAUAUUUAUAUGUUGUCAUGGAGAUAUUGUCAGCCUUUUUAUUUCUCCACCUCUCGUGUGAGUUCAUUUAUUUUCCUUUCCUCCAACAGUCCCACGUAUUUUGUAUGUUCCUAACAUUAUUUUUUUUAGAUAUUGACCUUUAUGUCCAUACUGCUCAAUUUUCAUGUGAAUUGUUGGAUGGCAGUAACACAAAAUCAGCAUCAGUUGACAUAUUUCUACAGAAUGAAGGUGGUCUUGAAAAAUUUAGCUUUCUUAUUCUAUGAAAGUCCAAUCUAAAAAACAUAGAUGAUUAUAACAUCCCUUAUAUCUUCUUCAUCUAUCCUGUGCUCAGGAGUAAAAUAGAUGAUCAUUUAAAAUAACUGGACUUUUAUUUGUAUAUGUCAUGACAUAACAACACAAAACAUGAAAAGAAUAAUUUUGAAUCCAUACAGUAUUGUUUCCUUGUUGAACAUUUUUCACCAGACCUGAACAAUUCUAUAUGGAGACCCAAGUCUAUAUCAGACAUGUCACAUGACUUUAAUAAAUCAGUUGGAGACGUCCUGUAAGUUAUUUGUAAUGUUUACUGUAAUGAAGGAUGCUGUCCGUGUGAGUGUGAUACAUGUACGCUGUAGUCAAUAACAAAUUAGUGCUAACUUUGCAGUAUCUAUAUUUGACAAAAGGGGGAUGAUUUUUAUCAAUCUGACAAUAACUACAAUACGAUUUGGGAAAUGUGAAAACUGAAAAAAUCAAAACUACUUUCAGUUUAAAAGCAGAAGCAUGGUAAAAUGACAUUUCACAAUAUUUAGAAAGUUGCCAUGGAAUAGAAAUUAAACAAUUUGAAACUAUUUUACUGAUUAAAUUAUACCAGUAUAUAUAUGUAUGAGUUUGUCAUCUUCCUGUUGACAAGUAUGUAUAACUUAUUUUGAUUUUUGUUUCAAUAACACUUUAAAGGUAACAUUGACUAUAAUUGUACUAUAGUUCAAAACUUUUGUUGUCUACUUUUAAAAUCACAUCUUUUUGGGGGUAUAUCUUUUUGUGAAGAAAAAAAGGGAUGCAUCAAUUCCUGUGAAAUUUUAAAAGAAAAUAUAAAAAUAUAUUGUUUUUCAUAUGUAGUAAAUAUUCAGUGUACAAGAUGCAAAUAAGCAAAUAUUAGUCAAAUAUAGGAUGAAAUUUCCAAACAGGAACCUUUUAAAUAUCUGUUUGAUUAAAAUAUUUAUAAUUUUCUAUAUUUUUAUUUUUUAUUUUUUUUAAGGCUAAAACUUUUGAUUUGUUGAAUUAAAUCUGCUUGGCUUGCUUUUUUAAAACAAAAAUUGGUGAUAAGAAAAUGAAAAAUAUGAUUUUUUUAAAAAUAGCAAAAAGUGCUUUAAUAUUAAAACUACAAUCUCUGUAGCAGAUCUCAAGUUUACAAAUAUUAAAAACUGCAGUCAUGGUUUAAAUGAAAUCAUUAUAAAAUGUGAUCAGGGAUUUAAAAAGAAUUGAUAAAGUAUUAACAUGUGCAUAGAGGAACCUACAUAAUUUUAAGUAUUAAAAUUUACAUUUUAUAAUAUAAUUCCAUUAAAACAUUUUAAAACGACCUUUAAUUUGGUGGCAUCGUAACACAACUUUGUUGGAAUUAGGGAAUCAUCUGAGUACUAACACAUUUUACUGUAUUUUUACCAAAGAAUGCAUGAGAAUUGUAGGAUUUUAAUACAACUAAUAAUUAAUCCAGAAAUACAAAUGUAUAACAAAAAGGAUACCUUCUCUUAUAUUGAUCUUCAAUCAAUUUAUAUCUCAUACUUUCAUUUUUUUUAUUGUUUCGUUAAAGCAGGAAUUUGGUCACAAUAUUUUAACGUUGUACAACAUUUUUAUUUGAAUGUGAUUAUUUAUUACAAAGGUAACAUUUAAUGUAUAUAUUUUUAUAAUGUGUACAAAUGUGUGUGAGAGAAUAUGUGUAUGUGUAUGAUACUCAUUAUGUACAUAUUGUCAUGGUUACAUGUUGACAUGGUAACGGUCGUAUGUUACAUUGUUAAUAGCGUCAGAAAUUCUAUAACUUAAUAAAAAGAUUGGGCUGUUUGCCAGGCAAUAUUAAAACAUCAUUAAAUAUUUUCUACAUA